AUGAGGCUGAUGGACAUCCAGCAGCUCUCCCAAGAAAUCCAAACUCUGGAAAAAACUUUGCAGACCUCAUUGGGGUCCACAAAAUAUGACUUAGAUCUUCCAGUCCUACAGUCCUACAAAGGAGAUGUCAUCCUGGAUGCUGACACAGCUCAUCCCAGAUUGGAAAUCUCUGCAGAUGGGAGGACAGUAAAAGAUACUGGUGUCAUCGGAUUCAUGCUCAGAAAUCAGAAGAGAUUUGAUUCCCAUCUGUUUGUGUUGGCAAAGGAAGGAUACACUUCUGGGAAACACUAUUGGGAAGUAAAUGUUGGGACAAGAAGAAACUGGGCCUUGGGUAUUGCCUCUGAAUCUGUGGCUCGCAAAGGGACUUUGACUCUGUGUCCUGAGAAUGGCUUCUGGGUUAUCGCAUGUGUAGAUGGGCAAGAUUAUUUGGCCUGCACGAAUCCUUGGACCUCUCUGACUGUGACUGGCUAUUUGUCAAAGAUUGGGAUCUUCUUGGACAUCCCAGCCAAGAAGGUUUCUUUUUAUGAUGUAUGUAAGGCAGUAGCUUUGUACACUUUGAGCAUUGCUGAUGGCAGCAGACAGGAAGGCAAAUUCCUUCCCUUCUUCUCUGCAGGCCUUGCUGCUGCUGAGCCUGACACUGAACCACUAACAAUACUGCAGUUUUCUGAUGAUGAUGAUGAUUAGUUUACUCUGCAUUUCAAAGGUCAAUACUGUGAUUGAAUCACAUUGUAAUCAGGUUGCUGAUUUGUGUCUUCUGAACAAAAGUAUUGAAUUAGAGGACAAAUCUGGCAUAGCAGUCAGCUUUCUAAAUCAUGCAUCAGAAUGAAAAGUUUUUUGAAGGAAAUUUUAUUUUG